AUGGCCACCGGUUUGUAUUUUAUCCUGUCGAUUGUUACAUGUAUUAUAAACAACUGUGUCAUUGGUUUGGAAAUCUGUGAAGAUCAUUAUGUAAGUUGUCCAUCUCAAGACUGUGGUAUCUUUCCAUUGGAGCCAUUAUUUAGAUUACAUUGUAUGAAAACUUGCGGAGUUUGUACAGAUGUGAACAGAGCAUCAAGGAAACCGACAGCUCAAAGCUCUGUUGAUGUCAAUGGUAUGGCUUCUCAUGCUGUUGAUGGAAAUACAGAUCUGAAUAUCUGUAGUAAAACUAACAGUUCUCAACCAGAUACUCAAUGGUGGUGUUCAGACUUACAACAAGUGUAUGAAAUUGAUGCCAUCAAAAUAUAUAGCCCUGUAAUUGGGACAAAGUGUAAUACAGGUUAUUACAGUCAAAGUUCGACAUCAUGCUCACCAUGCGAUACGUGUUCAGAAAACUCUUGUGAACCUACAAAUGGUAUGUGCUGGGAUGGGUGUAAACAAGGUUUUAAAGGCGAGACCUGUCGCCAAUGUGAGGAUGGUCUCUUUGGACCUACUUGUAGAUUUGCUUGUAAUACAACUAAAUGCCAAAGUAACUGUGACAGACUAACUGGUAUUUGUUCAGAAUGUGAUACGGGAUAUUAUGGGAAGAACUGUGAAUUAGUUUGUGAUAAAGAUUGUAGAGAAGGGAAAUGUCUUAAAACUGAUGGUUCUUGCACAACAGAUGGAAAGGGGUCGGUGGUAUCAACUGAACGUGCACCAGUACAACACUACACUGAAAACAUUAAUAAAUAUUUAGUUGGUGUUAUUGGUACAUUUAUUGGUAUUGUUGUAACCAUUCUCCUUGUAUUAACGUACAGAUGUUUUAAGAAACGCAGAAGUGACACAAUCUAUGAAUUACCGACCAGACCACCGUCAAAGCAGGAACUCGACUUCCCAUUGGAUCCACAAUACAUUUCUAGUGGUGUAUCAACAACCAGCUCCAGAUAUACAGAGGUUCAUCCCGAUUCCGGAAGUAGUCAUGGAAGCCAUUAUUUGGCAAGAAGAAAUUUGUCACAAUAUACACAUAAGCUCAGACCACCGGCUGAACUUCCAGAGAAUGAAAAGAGAAGACUUCAAGCUGAGAUGCGUCAGUCAAAAAUCAGUGGCCCAAGAGGAAAAUACAUGGAGUAUCCUAAUGAUGCAUAUGAUAGGGAUGGUUCGGAUUAUGAGGCAGUGAAAACAGAAAUUUGA